GUGGAAGAGGUGGAAGAGGUGCUUAUAGAGGAAGAGGCCGUGGAAGGAAUGGAGGUAGUAGGCCACAAUGUCAAAUAUGCCAAGGGAUGAAUCACACAGCAGAUAAGUGCUGGUACAGAUAUGACACAGCACCUACAAACCAAAGUGGAAAUCAAAAUCAGCAACCUCAAAGAAGGAAUCCCAGCCUGAAUAUG